CAUAGCAUCUCGGGGGUGUUGUAUACUAGGUAUGCGCAUAUAAAUAUAUACGCAAACACACACCCAAAUCACUCUCUUUCAUCAUCCAAGAGUUGAGGAGCAACAACAAAGGCAGUUGAAUAUAUCAUCAUCUAGUGUAGGAUGCGGAGAUUCAUCCCUAAAAUGGCACUGCUGCGAAAAAAUCAGCCCCAGUCCCUGUUCAGUUGUCGACCCAAUUCCUCAGUUGCGCAAUCUUGCACGUCUCUUCACCAACAAGAAGAUGACACGUCACUUCCCAAAAUGCCCCCUUUUGAUUAUACUCCGCCGCCUUACACCGGUCCCUCCGCCCAUGAAAUCCUUCUCAAACGCCAAACUUAUCUUAACCCAGCCAUCUUCCAUUUUUACAAGAAGCCCUUGAAUUUGGUGGAUGGGAAGAUGCAGUAUUUGUAUGACGAAAAUGGGCGGAGAUAUCUAGAUGCAUUUGGAGGGAUUGCUACAGUGUGUUGUGGGCAUUGCCAUCCUGAGGUGGUUGAAUCAAUUGUUAAUCAAACAAAGCGUUUGCAGCACUCCACUGUUUUGUAUUUGAAUCAUGCUGUAGCUGAUUUUGCUGAGGCACUUGCAUCCAAGUUGCCUGGAGAUCUCAAGGUUGUCUUCUUUACAAAUUCGGGCACGGAGGCGAAUGAGUUGGCUUUGAUGAUGGCACGGUUGUACACUGGUUGCCAAGAUGUUAUUUCCCUUAGGAAUGGCUAUCAUGGCAAUGCUGCUGGGACAAUGGGUUCCACUGCCCAGUCGAGCUACAAGUUCAAUGUUGUACAGACUGGAGUUCACCAUGCCCUGAACCCUGAUCAAUAUAGAGGUGUGUUUGGUUCAGACGGACUGAAAUAUGCGAGGGAUUUAGAUGAUUUGAUCACCUAUGGAACUAGUGGUCGUGUGGCUGGUUUUAUUGCAGAAGCUAUACAGGGAGUUGGCGGGAUUUUGGAGCUGGCCCCAGGAUACUUGCCAGCGGUCUAUGACAGAGUCAGAAAGGCAGGAGGCAUUUGUAUAGCUGAUGAGGUCCAGUCGGGAUUUGCUCGGACGGGGAGCCAUUUUUGGGGAUUUGAAGGUCACGGUGUCGUGCCUGAUAUUGUUACCAUGGCAAAGGGCAUUGGAAAUGGCAUCCCACUUGGUGCUGUGGUCACCACACCCGAGAUUGCAAAGGUCCUGACUAAUCGCAGUUAUUUCAACACCUUCGGCGGUAAUCCUGUGUGUACUGCUGGGGGCCUAGCUGUUCUCAGAGUAAUUGAAAAAGAGAAGCUUCAGCAAAAUGCAUUCAGUGUCGGAUCAUAUCUUAAAAACCGGCUUACUUCUCUAAUGGAGAAACAUGAAAUAAUUGGUGAUGUGAGGGGAAGAGGUCUGAUGCUUGGCGUUGAGCUGGUUACUGAUAGACAGUCAAAAACUCCAGCUAAGGUGGAAAUAUUGCGAGUAAUGGAGCAGAUGAAAGAAAUGGGAGUCCUCAUUGGAAAAGGAGGAUUUUAUGGCAAUGUUUUUAGGGUUACUCCUCCUCUCUGCUUCACCAAGGAAGAUGCAGAUUUUCUCGUUGAUGUGAUGGAUUACUCAAUGUCAAAGAUGUGAGUCAAGAAGCUGGUUAUGCAAUUACCGGUGUUUGAUCGAAACUUGCUAGAAUAUUUAAUAUGAAGUGGCGUUAGGUGUGUAUAUGUAUCUCAAAGAAAUAAAAUUAAAAGAGACAUCACCUCGUUGUCUCUCUACCUCCUCUUGUCCUCUAGUUUCAUUUCAUAGUAUCAAAGUUUGAUGAUGAGACAUCACCUCGUUGUCUCUCCACCUCCCCCGGUCCUCUCAUGGAUUAGUUUCAUAUUGUAAUAUCAAGUUUCAGAUUAUAAUGACAGUUUCAUAUUCUAAUAUAUUGCAGCAUCUCUUUGUCGAUAAA